CAGCAGGGAUGCUCAACAUAUGCGCUACUUGGCAUAUGCGCGAAGACACAUGGCUGCACGACAUUGAUGGAAAGCAGGAGGAGUGCAACGGCGCGGACAAGCGCCAAAUCAAGGAGAUGCGGAAAAUAGAUGUAGCAACAGUCGGUAGAUACAAAGCCCACUACGCUGUGACGCGAUUCGUGAGCGACGUCGAGUAACGCGUUUCACCUACAACUGGCCAGAGUGCAGGCUGUCUUCACAGUAACUGAACAGAGCUCAGCUGGACAAACGAUUGGUGUUAUGUUAUCAAAGCACGCCCCUCCGUCCCAAAAAAGUAGGAAUCUGUACAAAAUAACAAACGAAUGGUAUGUCGAUAGACUCACACAAAUGCGCACGAUGGAUGUGUUUUUGUCCACGCCCUCGUCAGGCAGCGUCUCACGCUUCACUCAUCCAUUUCGCCCCUAAGCUGCGAUGGUGUACGCGGGAGUGGGGCAGCAUACGUAUGCCGGGCAAGUGGCACACUCGAGCACGAAUGGCGAGCAUCGACAAGUACAAGUGGCCUGCGCUGAAAAAAAACUGCGAACUCUGAACGACGCCGGCCCCAAGGGCAUUAGGCAAACUGAACAACGAAGCCUUGGGGUAUUGAGCAAAAACAAAGCCAAGCUGUUCACUUAAUGUUUGCGCCGCUGCCGAAACUCCGGGGCACCUCUUGGCCCGGAUCCGGGUUGCGAAGUUUCUACAAGAGGGGGGGAGGGAGGAGAAGGAAAGCAAGGGACUUGAGGUAAAGGACGCUGGAAAACGCAGAGCCAGCUCGCACAUCCGUGGUGGCCGCCGACGGGCUCCACUCAGCAGGGCAGGCUUUCUCGCCAGACGCCAUCCAGAUCGAACCCAGCGCCGCCGCCAGCGGGGCACCUGCACGGGCCCACGCGCGUCUCGCAGCGGUGAUCCUCUGCCACCUCCCGCCCCGACCAGAUCUCGACCACCAGCGUGCGGCGCCGCCCCCCGCGCACAGGCUCGACGCGGUGGUACUUCGCGCUCGGAAACACGAGCGCGUCCCCCCUGCGAAACCUAUGGGACGUGACCGACCCGUCUGCCUCUGGGGUCUGAAACUCUCCGCCGGCCUCCGGCUCCUCUCAGCGUCCCUCUAACGGGGACUCCACCAACGGGCACUUUGGCCAGAAUCCAGCGAACCCAAUCCUCCAGGAUGGCCCGAAAGUGGCAACCUUCGGCAAUUUUCCAUCCAAAGUACCCGUUAGUGUGAGUACCCGAUACGGCGCCGCUGAUCCUCGAGCAUCGGAGGAGGGCCGGCCGAGACCACGGCGGCUCUCCAGGCAAAACUCGGCCCCCGCACCCGGACCCCUCCCGGGCCCCAUCUUGGCCAGGCUCUCGGAGCGGAUCCGGCCGCGGGGACGCGAAGUCUCCAGGGAGGCCCAACAGGGCCGAGUAACAACAGGGAGGGGCGCCGUCGUCUCGACUGAUCCUCCUCCGAGAGCAUCACGUCCACGGUGACCAGCGAGCCGACGUCGUAGUGGUCCCAGUAGGGCAACCGUCCUCCGCGGACCAUCUCGUGGACUUCGGCGCAGCGGAUGGUCGGCCUGCUGCAAGACGCUUCUGGAAAAAUCUGAGAUGUGUGCGAUACGCCAGCUCCGCGUCCUCUCAAGCGAAGGAGUUUCCAACCUUCCACUGCAUCGGCAGCCCUGGCCAAAGCUAGAAUCAUUGUUCGAACACGUGGCAAAAUCUUCCGGAAACGUCCGUUCGAGUGCAAAUACCUCGUGACGUGCAACGCCUCGCCCCUUUCUCCGAUAUCUUCUUCUGAAUGCGUGUAGGGCUGGUAGGCCCUGGGCCUAUUCACCUCUGCGACAAUCUGGCGCACAGCCGUCUCCUUCAAGAAUCCAGGAAUCCGAACUGCCAUUCUCUGGCUGGCCACCUCUGGUUCGAGGAGAUCAGCGCCAGAAAACAUCCUAAUACCGACCAGAUUAUCCAGUCUUGUGCGGGCAUGUGCUCGACAGAGUCUGUAACAUCGCCUGCGAACGCAUGUCUGACGCAACACCCGAAGACGAUCACGACUGGUCCUGCAAAGACGUCGACUGCUGCUUCGCAUAACCAUUGGAUGGCAAGCGCUCGGAGGCAGAAUUCGUCU